GACAGCGUUGUUGUUUUUAAUAACAACACGAGCAAGUUGGGGUUUAGAGAAGGUGCAAGGGCCAAGAUAAGAGCAGAGGCUUUCCAGUGUAGAGAGUUGACACCCAAAUAACAAGACGCACGUUUCAAUGAGCCCCGACAGUAGACUUAAAACGAAAACACAUGAGACACACAUCACACUCAUAUAUUCCAUUUGUUUAGGGUUAGGGUUAGGGUUGGGGUUAGCACGGUUUCAAUAUUAUCACUGACUGGAAACUUGUUGUAGGGCCUUAACAUUGAGCAUGACCGUUGUUUUUUUUGGAAAUUUCCUACAUUCAGACCUGCCAGAUGAGGUCAUUACCGCGCCGUCCUCAGCAGAUGGAGCCCUCACACCUCCUCGUGUGUUCCAGGUCGAGGUGAUCCCAGUGUGAAGUCACUUCUGUCGCUAAUUUCUUAUGACAACAGAGGCAGUGUGAGAAAGAACAGGGCUAUUACAGACAAGACAGUCCCCGGGCUUCAGUGUGUGGUUGUGUCGACAGACGUUUACCUGACUGCAUGUCACGCUUCUUUCUUGUUGACAUCAUUAUCGGAGCCUACUUGCCGCGUGUUCGUUGAUGCGCGCCGCGGACGCAACAUGACACUCGGUCACAUUUAAGCGCACAGUGCUGGACCUCGUUUGAGAUGGAUGGGAUGGGUCCACUUUGAGGAACUUUUACAAAACUCUUGUUAAGAUUCAUCUCGGAAUAGCCUCGGUCUGAUUGCAGUAGUCCUGCUCUGCUAUGCCCCGUAGGAGUUCCUCAUCUGUUGCGCUCCCCCACGUCGUGUCCCAAGUCGCGUUUUGUCCUGAAAAGUGAAUGUGAGACCUGCCCCCACGGUGUCGCUACCCCCGCGCGGGGAGAAGCCCAUGGACCUGAGGGUCUCCCAGAGGUUGGUGCGCCCGGGCCUCGACGCCAACAUGCUGGCCCCCCCGCACACCUUGUUUCUAGGACACUUCUCCUCCGAGCCGUUCCCCCGUAUCUCCCCCAGCCAUGUAGAGGUACAGUACAACCAUGAGCCCAGUCCAGCAGAGAUGGACACCCGGGAGGAGAUCCGCCAGCUGAUGCACAAGAGUAAGAACGAGCAGAGUGCUGUUGCCAGUCCCCUUGUGAAGCAGAAACUGCGAGAGCGACUGAUGAGGAAGGUCGCUCAGGAAAGGAGUUCACCCUCCCACAACUGUCAUACUCCUCAAGGAUAUAGGGAACUGGGGCCCGAUCCUGACAUGCCCCCGAAGCCCAAGCCGUCACUGUCUGACCAGCGGCAGAAUCUGGGCAUACGCAGGACAGUCUCGGAGCCCACUCUGAAGUUGAAGCUGAAGAAGCACAUCAACACCAGACAGAGCCCGCUGCAGCGCAAGGCCAGCGCACCCCCGACCGUCAAACACAGGACACACGACGCCUUCGAUUCCUCCCCAAACAGCAGCACAUCAGUGUCUGGCUGCAGCUCACCUAAUGACAGCCUCUUAUCUGACACUGGGACACGCCCACUGAACACAGGAUUGGUCCAGGAGGCCAACAGGCUGUUGCUCCAGAACGGCUCCCUGGCCCACUUCUCCAUGGCCUCCGGUUCAUCUGGGAUGCCGACCAUUACCGCUGGGCUACCUGCACAGGUGGACCGCCACCAGGGCGGUCUGAUGGGGCCCAGGGGUCUCCAGGUGUCAGCCCUGCCCCACAUCUACCUCCCCCUGGAGGGUUUGAACCCAGCGCUGGCCCAGCGUCUGCAGCCGGUGCUGGUGCUGGAGCCACACACCGGGAUGCUGCACACACAGCUUCUGAGUGUCCAUGGCCUGUCAGCUCUACCUCAGCAGCUCCAGCAGCAGCUCCGGCCUCACCAGCUGCUCCUCCCAUCCGAGGGCGGAGGGGGAGGGGGAGGGGGAGACGACGCCAGGUGUGAGGAGGGGCCCGCCUCCCACAGGCCCCUGAUCCGGACGCGGUCUGAGCCCCCGCCCUACAGCCACUCCCCCCUGGCCUCCCCGGGGCUCGCAGAGGGCCCCCAGCACCAGCGCCUGCUGCAGCAGUACCACAACAGCCUGCUCCUGGAGAGGCUCAAGCACCACCCCCACCUGGGGAAGCUGAUCUCCAAGCCCAGCGAGAAGCCCCGUCUGACCCAGAUCCCGUCCGAGGACAUGGACUUGGAGGAGACGGGCUCGGGCUCCGGCUCCGGCCCGGGCUCGCUGUGCGGCUCGGAGCCCGGCUCGCUGGGGGAGGAGCGGCACCUCCAGAGGAGACAGAGCGCCGCCAGCACCGACUCCGUGUACGACACCGAGUCCAACGCAUCCUCGCGGGAGAGCCUGGCGGAGCACCCCACCGCGCUCGCUCAGACGAUGCGGUGGGAACCCCACAGACAGGCGGUGAUGCGCAGGCCGGUUGCUCAACUGGAGCCCCUGGCUUUGCCUGUCCUGAUGGGACCCCACCACCGCCCCCUCUCCAGGGCCCAGUCCUCCCCCGCCGCUACCUCCACACCUCCAGCCCUGCUGGCAGCCCUGCCCCUGGCCAGCCCAGAGUCCCCCGUCAAGCUCCGCUUCACCACCGGCCUUGUGUACGAUACCCAGAUGCAGAAGCACCAGUGUGCAUGCGGAGACAACAGCCGCCACCCCGAGCACGCAGGCCGGGUCCAGAGCAUCUGGUCCCGGCUGCGGGGCCUCAGGCAACUCUGUGAGCCUCUACGCAGCAGAAAGGCUACCCUGGAGGAGCUUCAGUCCGUCCACUCAGAGACACACGUGGUUUUGUAUGGAACCAACCCCCUCAACCGCUUCAAACUGGACAGCAACAAGCUUGCCGCGAUCUUAUCUCAACGGAGAUUGGUGAUGCUACCAUGUGGAGGUGUCGGGACGGACAGCGACACGAUCUGGAACGAGAUGCACACGGCCACCGCCUCGCGGCUAGCGGCGGGCUGCGUGACGGACCUGGCCCUGAAGGUGGCCCAAGGCGAGCUGAAGAAUGGCUUUGCAGUUGUGAGGCCUCCUGGUCACCAUGCAACUCACUCCGCACCAAUGGGCUUCUGCUUCUUCAACACGGUGGCCAUCGCAGCCAAGCAGCUCCGACUGAAGCUCAACGUCAGCAAGAUCCUCAUCGUGGACUGGGAUGUUCACCAUGGCAACGGAACGCAGGAGGCUUUCUAUAACGACCCCAACGUACUUUACAUCUCCCUGCAUCGCUAUGACAACGGAAACUUCUUCCCGGGCAGCGGGGGUCCCGCGGAGAUGGGUGCAGAUAAGGGUGAGGGUUUCAACGUAAACGUGGCAUGGACCGGUGGACUGGAUCCCCCGAUGGGAGACGUGGAGUACCUGGCUGCCUUCAGGACGGUGGUGAUGCCCAUCGCUCAUGAGUUCUCCCCUGAUAUGGUGCUGGUGUCGUCGGGCUUCGACGCCGUCCAGGGACACUCUCCGAAGCAGGGAGGGUACAAGGUGUCAGCCAAAUGUUUUGGCUUCCUCACCCGUCAGCUGAUGUCCCUGGCGGGGGGUCGGGUGGUCCUAGCUCUGGAGGGGGGUCACGACCUCACCGCCAUUUGUGACGCAUCUGAAGCGUGUGUCAGUACCCUGCUGGGCAUAGAGGUGGAGCCCCUUCCCCAGUCUGUCCUUGACGGGAGACCCUGUGACAACGCCAUCCUCUCCCUCCAGAGAGUCAUCCAGGUCCACGGUGAGUACUGGCAGAGUGUGCGGUCCAUGGCUCCCACACUGGAGCUGUCCCACCUGCAGGCCCAGAGGGUGCGUCCGCGGCGGGACUCGGACAGCGACCCCCUCAACGCCAUGGCCUCCCUCUCCAUGGGGGUUCGCUCUCCACACCGGUAAAGAUCAAAAAUCAGAGGAUCUCCAGAGUGAUGAUGAAUCCAUAAAGCGCGAGGGUGCAGGAAGUAUCUCCAAACAAGUACCACACACCCACCGCCGCACAGUCACUCAUGUGGAUAUGAGACAAUAAGAACAAUAAUGGGACCAGCUCUGUCGCUCUCUGUUCGACCACUGUGUGUAACACUCACAAACCACUGGAUCACUGCCCCACCUGGCGACUUCAAACUCAUCAUACCAUGAUCCUUUGCCAGAAAUGUUCUCAGGUAAUGUUGACCAAAUUACAUGACCAAAAGAAUGCUAAAACUCAUUGAUGAAGGAUGAGUCUUAACUCCGGUGAAUGUGUGGGGAAGCAGCGAUAUUGACAUACAGACGUGGAGAUACUUGACAAAGAACAGAACCAUGACUCAGAGCAUCCUGCCUGGGAGAUCUCUCCCCACGGACAUGUUUUUUAGAACCACACAGAACUCCAAACCCCAACCUUGUACUCUUACAACGGGGGGGUGGGGGUCAAGGUUAUAUACCCACCUGUGACAGACAACAGACACAUCCACUGUACUUAAGAUGUGUCCCACUUUGAUGAUGUCAUAUGUUUAGGUGGGACCACAAUGAAUGAAUGAUGGAUCAGAUCCUGAGAUUUUCUUUUGUUUUGAAUUGUAAAUUCUGUAAUGUGAACCGUGGGUGGAGUCUUAAUCUGUAGAGGAGUACAACGGCAGCAGACAUUAUGCCUGAUAGUGAAUAUUGACAAUCAAAAUGUUUCUGAUUUGUUUGUUCUUUACUUUUUUGUUCUAUUGGCUAUAUUUGUGUUAUAGUUAACUUUCUUGUUAAGGGCUCUACGACUACAGCUAUGCCUGUAGCUGUGCUAUUGUUCAAAUGAACUUGGUGGCAUCCAUCCAUUCAGCACAGCAAAGUCUCUCACAGAUCUGUCAACACUUGGAGGAAGGUGACCUAUAAGAAAACAUUGUGUAGGGUUUCUGUUCUAUAUUAACUUUCCUUUCAAUGACACCAACAUUGAACAUGUGUGAAGUCUUAAUGUACAUUACACAGUGCUAUAUAAGAUUUAUCUGGCCUUAGUGGUGAUGAUACAUAUGAGAUUACUUAGAACAUAGGGCGUCGUAUACAAAAAGCUUUUUACUGGACUUUCUAUGCAAGGUUUGGGAUUCAUAAACACACUCGACAAGACGAUGUAUUUAACUCUACAGAUUUUUCUUUGUAAGUUGGGCCUUUUUUCUGGAGUAAUAUGGUCUAUAUUGUGGGUGUUAACAAGGUGCAAGAAGACGUGCAUUCGCUUGUGGUAACUUUCAGAGUUGAUUGCGAUUCAUGCAUGAAGAUUUACUUAUGCUCUCUCUCUCACCCGAGUUUUAUAUAUGAUGCAUUCCUGAUAUGUAUCAAACUGACACACACACACACACACACACACACACACACACACACACACACACACACACACACACACACACACACACACACACACACACACACACACACACACACACACACACACACACACACACACACACACACACAGAGUUGACGCUUAUAAGCUGGCAACCAACUGCAUACACAAGAGCACUUAUUAUAUCUCCAGGUAAGGGGUGAGUGUGGGUGGGAGGUUCACAGGAAGACAAAGGAAUUACUUCUCCAAUUGUUGAUGUUUCUGGAACCCGGUUGUCCUUAGAGUUCCUUUGUAAGCUGUGGAUGUGCAUUCCUGCUCCAUUGUAUUAGAAACAAGCGUCUUAUACUCUUUAAGCUCCGUCAUAUCAAAGACCAGUGGGCCAUCCUUUAGUUCAAAUAAUUUAUAAUUUUCUGUUUACCAUUGGGUCCAUAGCUCUGUAGGGAUGUUUUGUUCCCGGGACUAAAAUAUGGAAUGACUAUGAUACAUUUAACAGUUAAAACAUUGAGGUAGUUGGUAAACCCAACGCGUCCCAAUUGGACACAGGUUUUGAGGACCGCCAAGGCUUAUGGGAACAGUUUGCAAGCAUUGAUGCUAGCGUGUCAAAAAAGAGAACCUUUGAAAUGUUUUUGUUUAUAUUCAGCGAUGGGAUCACCAAAGGCACUUGAAGGAUGGGUAAACAACCUUCAUGUUGUGACCCAAUGAUAUGGUCUUAUUUAUUAACUAAUCCGUGUUGAAAUUCCACAUUUUAGUGCAUGUGUUGUGUAAGCACAAUGUCUUACACAAAUUUGGUGGUGCUUUAAAUUAUUAUUAUUUUUUAUUGUUGGUUGUUUUGGUAUUUGUUUGAUUUAUUUCUUUAUUUACUUGCUAGGUCCUGUGUGUACAGGAGAUCGAUAGCUGUCUUUGCUAGCAAUAUAACAGUAUAGCAGUGUCCAUAUCAACUCAUAUUUCAUUGUAAUCCCUUCAGUUUGAAUUCUAUUGACAGAUUUAUCACUAUAAUUUUCAAAUGGUUGUCAUUGAUUCUUCAGUUUUGUCUUAGUUAAUUAUUAUUAUUUUUAAUUCUUGAAAGAGAACAUUGAUGAAAAGACGUGGUGUAUUUCUCACUUAAUAUAGGUGUCCUGACAUGGAAGUUCCCUUGCAUGAAGGUAUUUGUACCUGAAUGAAAAUGACCUCUCUCUUCGUGAUUUCACACUGAAUUGAUGCACAGUAUUGUACAUAGCAAAAGACCAAAGGAGAAGCAAGUGCCUUGAUCACCCUUUCCAAAAAAGCCCUUAACUAGAUCUUAAUUUAAAAGGAUGCGCAUCGUCUUAUAUUUUAAGGAUUCCUGUACAGUGUAAAUACUUACAAUGAGCUUGGAUUGGUUUCUUGAUUUUUUUUGUCAGUUAUUUCCAUGUUUUAGACCGGUUUUUGUCAUAAGAACAGAAUUUCUUAAUAAAGUUAUUGUAUUACCUAA